CUGAAAUGCGUAGUGUCCGAAAAAACACGGGUUGUGAAUGUUCUCCCUCAACGUAUCCUGGACAGCGAAGACCAGCUUAUAGUGUCGUCCAUGAGUCACUUUCAGACGACGUUUGACUCACCUGACUCAGGUUUCCCAGAGCAAUGGAAGAUGGGAUUGCAAGCCGCGGUAGAUGCUUUGGGAGUGCAAGACGGCACACAUAGAAAUUUCCAGUUGCCAAUGUAUGGAGACCUUUCUACCGACGAAUACCUUGAAAGUAUCUUCCAACUUUUGGGGCCCUUGAAGUACUGCUGCUAUCCCAUGGGACACGUUUUGUCACGGGGUGGAAUGGGGAUCUACGCAACAGUUCGAGUCCAGGUACUUCGGUCAACGCUGACACCACAUCUAGGAAAAAGUGCGUAUUCGGAUCUGACCUUUUUUGAGCUCCUGAAAAACAAAUGUGAAUGGGCAUCGUUCUCUGUUUUCACAUUCCGAGAUGUUCCCUCGUAUGUUGUCGUGGUGCAGAUGUUUGCUAUACAAGCCUGGGGAAUCCACCAGGAAGAUAUCGCCUACAGGAAUAAUUUGGUUAGCCUUGAGAGCUCGGAAAACGUAGUAGUCUCAAAACUGCGACUUGACAUUCCGGUUGGCCUGUUUCAAUGUCGGAUGAUUGAAUAUGCGAAUAUUGGAGAUCGCACUGCGUUGGAAGCGCACAUACAGAUCCACAAAAACACACGGUACUGGGAUGAGAAGAAACCCCAAACUGUUCCGCUCAAAUUAUCACAAGCACUGAAUGUUCCUUGGGACCAUCCCAUGAACGUUCGAUUCCGCCACAAACCGAAAUAUCCCGGUUUGGCAACCUGA